CGAUAAUAAAUGAUAGAGGAUACAAUGACUUUGCUGUCUCUGCUGGGUCGCAUCAUGCGCUACUUCUUGCUGAGACCCGAGACGCUCUUCCUGUUGUGUAUCAGCUUGGCGCUGUGGAGUUACUUCUUCCACACCGACGAGGUGAAGACCAUCGUCAAGUCUAGCCGGGACGCUGUGAAGAUGGUGAAGGGCAAGGUCGCCGAGAUCAUGCAGAAUGAUCGGCUCGGGGGCCUCGACGUCCUGGAGGCCGAGUUUUCCAAGACCUGGGAGUUCAAGAGCCACAACGUGGCCGUGUAUUCCAUCCAGGGCCGCAGAGACCACAUGGAGGACCGAUUCGAAGUUCUUACGGACCUAGCCAACAAGACGCACCCGUCCAUCUUCGGUAUCUUCGACGGACACGGAGGCGAGACUGCGGCUGAAUAUGUAAAAUCUCGGCUCCCCGAGGCCCUCAAACAGCAUCUGCAGGACUACGAGAAAGACAAAGAAAACAGUGUAUUGUCUUACCAGACAAUCCUCGAACAGCAGAUCCUAUCAAUUGACCGAGAGAUGCUGGAAAAAUUGACUGUGUCUUAUGAUGAAGCAGGUACCACGUGCUUGAUUGCUCUGCUAUCAGAUAAAGACCUCACCGUGGCCAAUGUGGGUGACUCCCGUGGGGUCCUCUGUGACAAGGACGGGAACGCCAUUCCUUUGUCUCAUGAUCACAAGCCGUACCAGCUGAAGGAAAGAAAGAGGAUAAAGAGAGCUGGUGGUUUCAUCAGUUUCAAUGGCUCCUGGAGGGUCCAGGGAAUCCUGGCCAUGUCUCGAUCCCUGGGGGAUUAUCCACUGAAAAAUCUGAACGUGGUCAUCCCAGACCCAGAUAUCCUGACCUUUGACCUGGACAAGCUCCAGCCCGAGUUCAUGAUCUUGGCAUCCGAUGGCCUCUGGGAUGCUUUCAGCAAUGAAGAAGCUGUUCGAUUCAUCAAGGAGCGCUUGGAUGAACCUCACUUUGGGGCCAAGAGCAUAGUUUUACAGUCAUUUUACAGAGGCUGCCCCGACAAUAUAACGGUCAUGGUGGUGAAGUUCAGGAAUAGCAGCAAAACAGAAGAGCAGUGAACCCUUCGGGGUCGCCACUGCCUUAGACUAAAGGACUUUCAACACACUCGUCUCUUUUAAUGUAGUGAAAGAAGUGGAGGUUACGGUUAGGAUCAUCAUCCCAGACGUGGGAUUCCCCCUCCCUGGCCAUCGUAGGUCUCUACUCGGUGAUGACGAACAGAGGUGCUCUUGGCCCACGUAGUUGAGAGGCUGGAAGAGGUUUCUUCAUGUUCCCCAAUUCUUUCAUCCAAUGUCCAAAAUAUAUAAAUACAUAGCUGUAGACUCACAUGUAUGAAGUGAAUGGCAUAUGUGCGAUAUAGUCUCCCUCGUAAGAUUCUUUUCAAGACCCCUCCCAGGGCCUCCCAGGCCUCAGACUGUGUGUCCUCUCUUUGGAGCAGUGAGCAGGGCAGGCCUCCCAGAGCUGCAGGAGACGGGCCACCAUGUCGCCUGUGAGCCAGGGUGGCAGGGCCCUUUGCUGAAGGCCGAGCUGCCCCGAGGAUGCCUUGUCCUCCGGAGCCCAGGUUUUCAGCUCGGCUCUGCCCAGAAGUGGAUUUGGAAGGGUCUGCUACUCCACAGCUGCUCAAGGAGACUGAGGGGAGUGGGAGGUAGAGGCGGCCUGCACGGCAGAAAUGCCCUUUCUUCCCUCACUCCCUUCAUUAGUUAAAUAGACUUUGUGCACCACCUGACCAGUCUUUGUGCGUUUAUCCUAAUUGUGCAUGACCUUAACCUUUUGCUUACAUCUUUAAGUAAUAGGCAGCUGUUAAACUUCACAACCAGACACCGUGAUUUUUUUUGUCUUACAUUGCCAAGAAACCUAUUAAGGGAAGUCAAAAAAUCAAAUCAUAAUAUCAUAAUUCCUUCCAUCUUUAAGGAUAGACAGAGGAAAAUAAUGGCUAAGUCACCGUCUCCCUUGAGAAGUCUGUUGUUUGCCUUGAGAGAGGAAGCUGGUGAGGUUACCACCCUGAACUGCACUCCAGCUGCCAGUUUUUAUGCUUUUUGUCCCUCCCCACUCCCCACUACCCUGUGCUCCUAUUCUAGUAGCUUUCAAGUGAGUGUUCCAAGAAGCAGCAGCCUAGAACUGCAGGUGUGUUCCUUGAAGCUCAGUACGGAGUUCCCAGCCACGCUCUGGAAUUUGGUGGUGACCUGCUGGUACGUGCUUCUCUGUGAUGGUGGAAAGCAGCAGCCCUGAAUGUCUGGCUGCAAACCCCUGUCCCAGCAGGUGGCUUUCCCCAGGAAAACCAUCCGGUGACAACAAAGCUGUUUGGGAAUCCCAGCUCAGACUUGUACUGUUAAUCUGCCCAGAGUUAUUUUGGGGCCAGGUUUGCUGCUUUGAGCUUCCUAUUACCAAAGUCACAUUUCUAAUCUCAGUAUUUUAUAAGUCAGUCGACAGAAAAUGCUCAGUCAUCCUGUUUGCCUGACCUCGGUGACUCAAACAGCCAGACAGGAUUUUUGUUGCGUUCCUGCACCCCAGUGUCUGAAGUGCCAGGGGAUCCACCUGGUUCUGUUCUUUCGAGUCUGCGCUUGUCUUUCCAGCUCCUCGAAGGCCCCGUUCACUGGCACCUCCUGCCCUUGGUGCCCUCCCCUGCCUUCCUCCAGCGGUGGAGCUUUUCUGAAGCAGAUUCCAGAGAACCUGGGGGGUUGGAAAGGUUCCCUUCUGGUGACCGAGGGCUGCCAUCUCCCUUGAGUCCUCCAAGCACUUGCCUUUCUUUGACUAGGAGAAUUAGUAAUGUUUUCCCAGAGAUUUGCUUACUUUUGUAAACUGUAACAUUAGAAUUAUAACCUUGAAUUUUUUUUUAGCUAUAGAAUGUUCUAGUACAAAAUAUCUACCACCAUUUAGAGGGAGGGAUUUGCCUAUUAAGACACAAAAAACAACUGGAUGUGUGUGUUUGGGCCGGGAGUCAGAGGAGGUGUGGGAGACGGGCUGACCGUCAUCAGUGACUGGACGGUCAGGCAGGUGGCUGGACGGUCAGGCCAGGUGGCGGGGUUUGCCUGGAGAUGCAGGGCGUUCUGACUCUGGAGAGUGACCGAAGCCCCACUGUCUAACUCGAGUUCAGGAAUAAGCAAUUUCUUCCUUUUUACAGCGACUGUCAAUUUCCCUUUUUUAUUUUUAACUUAACCCCCAAAUUCAUAGUUACACGAAAAAGACAUGUUUAAAUGCCGUGGUCUUUGUGAUUGUCUAAGGUGAAAGCAGUGUUGUUGGGUGAAGAUGAGACAGGAAGGCUGCUGAGUCGGCAAACCAGGGUGCAUGGGCCCUGCCGAGUGUCUCGGCAGCUGGUGCCGAGGGCCGCAGGGCAUGACCUCCCCUCUCACUGAGGUUCCCAGGGUGUUUUCCGAAUUUUGCUUUGUAGGAUGAAUUCACUUCUGACCUGAACCAAGUAGUAUGUGUAUUUCCUGUUCCCUUUCUGCCAUUGUCCUCUCCUUUUGGCUUGUAGGUUUUUAAAAGAUAGAAGUUCCAGGCGAAAUAGCAGCAGUUCAAUUAAUACCUGUUUUUACUGCCAGAGUAUUUUGCUUCCUCCCCUGUCUCAGAGCUCUCUCCCCCAGACCCUCCUCCAGCUGUUGGGGGUCUGCAGACAUCACCCUCGGGUGCCCUGUGGCUCACAGCUGCUCCCAUUUUCUAGGGACAGGGAAGGGGGCAUCUAGCUAUUAGGGAAGUUGAUUUGAGAAGUUUGCAUGUGAAGCUUCCCUAAAUAGCACUGCCAAAGCCCUGGAUGCCCCCUGGGGCUGCCCAGACUUCUGUAGCCCGAGUUCACCUUGCCAAUAGCCCCCAUGGUGCCAAAUUAGGGAUGAUUUUAUAGUCUUUUAGAAAUGAAGCUGGGAAUGAAUGACCACAUGUUUAUGAGCCCCCAGCAGGAUGCCAGGCCCAGGGUCUCAGUGUGCUCUGCCCUGCCACACCGCUCCACUGGUCCAGUCCUUAAUGUGGGUUGCGAUUUGGGUGAUGGUGGGGAGGGUGAAGACAGGGAAAUUUUUUUUUAAUUCAUCAUAUUUCCAAUUCUCUAAUCAAAGGAGUAAACAAUACUUAUACAGAAAACUCUAAAGCUAGUUCCCAGGACCUGCACUGAUUUUAUGGGGCCAAUUAGUCCAAGGCACUUAACUCUGAAGUCGCUGCUCUAACACAUGUAUGUACACAUUGCUGGUUACAAGUGGCCACAUGCUCUUCCUGCAUUAGAUCGAAGGUGCUGGCCUCUUGAAUCUUGUCUAGAAUCUCUUGUAAUGAGAGUAUCACAGAGAGCGUUUUAUAGCGUGAAGGAGCACAUGCAAUCUGGAUCAUUUAAAGCAGGCCUUACUUCAUACACCUGGAAUGACGUCAUCUCACGUACUUUUUGUGCAAGCAGGAUUGCAUGAGAGUGGGGACAUCAUUGUUUUAAUCCUACCUAAAGUAAUUUUAGGAAAUUGGUUACACUGUUGAAUUGGAUCACUGGAUAUCUGGCAAUACAUGAAGGAUUCACAAAGGCAGUGGUCACUUUUUUCUUUGCCAGGUAGAUACCUUGAUUUUCUUCCCGAGUUGUUGCCAGAUCAAACCUUUUUGCAACUGUGUCAAUGCAAAAGGUUUAGAAAGGGCAACAUUUCAUUGUACACUUGAAAAUAUAGCAAUACAUACUCUGGAUGAGACAUUAUUUUCCAAUGAUUUUGGAAAUUUUUUCCUCCUUUUAACCCAUCAUUAGACUGAUCUUCCCUUAAUAUCCCCCCCAAAUCACCUUAGCUCAUCACACCAGCAUUCCUGACCCAGAAAUGACAUGACUGUUAGAUACACAAUGGGGCCCAUUUACUACCCGGGGUGAAACCACUGACAUCUAGACCUUGGAGCUAGUCAGCUGCACACUGCAGGAGAAGUGGGAUCCCGGCGUUUCCCAAAGUGAGUUCCACAGAACACACAUUCCAAGGACACUCUUCUAAGUAUAGGGUUUCAGGAUCAGAGGGGUUUGGAAAACACGCUGUCUUAGAAAGUUAGUACAUAUAUAUGCCCAUCGAAGCUUCUAAUGUAAAUAGUGGGUCGGGGGGCACACCACAGAUGUAAUUUUAGUUAGCUUGGUGGUUUCUGGAGUCAUUUGACCACAGAAACUUUUUUUAAGUAAUGCUUAAUAACAUCCCAAAGAGUUCAUGUUCCAUAGGACCCACUCUGAGAAAUUUUGAUACAUAGACAUAUUACUGUUUUCUCAUUCACUAUGACUCUUUGUAAUUGCAAUAUAAUUUGCAAUUUGGAGGCACUAAUCCUGUCGAGUAAGAGCCUGAUCUGUUCAGGGAAGAGGCAUUAAGAAAGAGUAUCGUGUAAUGUGGUUAGCAGCAGCCUCACCUGGGUAGCAGGCGCCCAGCUGUCCUACCUGAAGCUCUAACCACCAUCUCCCUUCUUUGGUGUGGGUGGUAAGCAGGAGCCUUGCCAACCUGGGGAUUCCUCAGAUUCGUUCCAAGAGCUUUCCGUUGUUGCUGUUUUAACUUCUCUUUGCCAUCCAGACCGAAUCACAGUAAAUAUUUUUACAUUACAUCACAUCACUAUGUGGGAGUAAAAAAUACCAAAAAUAAUAGAAAAUGAGGAAAAAGUUAUAAACUAUUAACAUUUAUUUACUCUUUCCUCUGUCCUUCAGUCCAGGUUCAAUGAAAUAAUUUUAAAUCCACCAAAGCUCAUUUGUUCUAAAACCCCGGCCCUGUGCUGUCCCACCGUUCGCAUGUUAUGUAUACAACUAAGUUUGUCAGGUUACCUCCUGCCUAAAAGGUCAGGCUUAUUGUCACUCUCAACUUGGACAAUGGGUUUGAGAAACUCUGAAGGAUAAUCUCAAAAUAACAGAAGAGAUCAAUCUAGUUGAAAACGUGAUACAAAGGGAAUUUAGGGUGAAGUCAUUAAUUAAAAUCACAUCUAAUAUUUAGGAAUACAACCGCCCUCUAGAUGUCCAAAUUCUCUUUCCUAGUGUUAAGCUGAAACCUGUUUAACCAAGAGUUGAUUACAAUAAUAUUUAUGUGUUUAGUAAUAACCACAUCAUCAUAUGUACAAUCACUUGAACAAGCCCAAGUUAAGGACUCUGAAGAGAACAUGUAGUCACUGUUCAUUUAAUAAAUCAUCAUAGGCAUUGUCACAAUUUAAAGCCCCACCAAAAAGCAGCAAGCAGCAAAGGUAUAGAUUAUGUUUACAGGUGUGGUUCCAUUUAUUCUAGAAGCUCUAAAUAUACUCUGGCCUCUGACAUUUGCCAAAUCCAAAUUAAUGUCAAAAACCUCCAGAACCCAGAGUCCCGAGCUCUGAGCAAAGCAGCUUACUGUACAGGCUUGGUGGCAGAUUGCAGUGGGGGCCAGUUGGGGAGCAGGACAAUCCUCUCGGGCGACCAGCUGCCUCUGUAGGAGAGGGACUGUGUACCCGUCACCUUUCAUCAUGAGGAAAUCCACAGGCUAAAUGUGAUGUCAUGCACCGUUGUCUCAGCAGACUUAUAGAUUAGUAAGAUAAUGCAUAGUUUAAAAUGAGUUGAUGCAAAAGCAAAGAUAUUGGGAAAAAAAACCUUUAGAAUAUCCAGAUAUUAAAAACGUGAGAAGUGGAUUAUUUAAAAUGUGGAUUAUCAGAGUUUUACUAUUCACAGGUUAUAUUUAAUAGUGAUUUUUGACAUCAGCACAUAGAUUAGUAGAAGGCAGUUGUUCCCAUUGGCACCUAUUCAAAUGCAAGUCUUCCCAUUUACCGCGUUGGCCACUGCUUUGCUGGCAUGUUAAUGAAGACAGAAUCUCAUGCUCCUUCUGAUCAGACUGAUGGCACAGGCAGACUCACAUUUAAGGAAAAUAGUUUGGAACAUUUUUAAUCAAAACAAUUCAAAACUAAUGCCCAGGUGACCAAAGUCAGAAUGUAAAGGAAACACUUUUAAGAAAAUGUAAAAGACAAAAUCAAAGGAGAAUAAUAUAUAAAAGGAAAUAUUUUAAAUUAAGGAGACAUGGUAUUUUAUGUCAUGAAUCAUGAUUUCUGAUAUUAAAGAGUUAACACGAAAGUAAGAAAAUUAACAUUGAGUUAUUUGUAAAGCUAGUAAAAUUACAGUCCCUAUUUUAUGCAUUCCCAAUGAAAACAGAUAUAUGUGGUCUCAUUCAUUGCCCUCCUAAAGUAGCUUUACUGUCCUAGAUUCUGUUCACUUUCCAAAUCCUAGACAUAGUUUUACCCUGAAUCCAUAGGACUGAUGCAUUUUUUAGGAGGAAAUACACUUUUUUAGAAUUUUAAAAAAGAAUACAGUAGACUACGUGACACCUUCCAUUUUGUAGAGAGUGCCCAGAUAAAACUGAGGUCAGAUCAACAUAGUCACAGCUACAGCUGAAAGUGAGCUUUAACAUACUGGUAAUUUCCCAUGUGCCAACAUGACUACCAGUGAGUAUUCAAUUUAAAACAGAAAUUUCGCUAAAACAAACUGCCAAGUGAUUUAAUGUUCUUACUUCUCAGAGAUAUUUCUAAUCCACAUACUGCCAAUGGUCAUGUUUGCUCAUAUAAUUUUUUAAAACCCUGUAGAAAUGAUAUAUUAGAUAUCUCUAACCCAAGAGAAUGAUAUCUUGUGCACAUUUUAAAUUACCAUCUGCCUUAGUAUAUGUAAGGACAAACAACUUAGUUGAAUAAUGAAAAGGUAUAAAAUCCUGCCAAGGUGGCGGGGGGGGGGGCGGGCAUCUAGAACCGUGGAACCUACAGCAAGAAUAUCCCUAUUUACGCCCUGGCUAGUGUGGCUUAGUGGACUGAGUACUGUCCUGCAAAUCAAAAGGUCGCCAGUUUGAUUCCCAGUCAGGGCACAUACCUGGGUUGCGGGCGGGGUCCCCAGGUGGGGACAAGUGAGAGGCAACCAAGCAAUCGAUCUAUCUCUCACACAUCAAUGUUUCUUUUCCUCUCUUUCUCUCUCCCUUCUCUCUAGAAUAAAAUCUUUAACCAAUAUAUCCCUAUUUAGUUUCCACAACCACAGUCAGUUUUUAUGUGAUUUAUCUGGAUUGCCCUUUUACCUCAGGCAUAUAUUCAGAAAAUGGAAUCAUAAAUACAAAGAUAGAAAAAAAAAACAAGUUUCUCUUUUAGAAAGCAUUGUUUGCCCCUUUAAAUUUAGCUGAAGUACAUGUUCACAUCGAAAUAUUAACAUCUACAACACUGUCUUCAGUUUGCUGUUCAAUUACUAGAACAAAUGGUUUUGAUUUAUAGCACUUAACACAGAUUCAGUUCAGAUUACAGAGUUGAAAUCUGUUUUGCAAUGCCCCAACAUUCCCAUGGUCAGCCAGAAAAGAAAACAAAAACAAAAGAAGAAAUUCUAGUGGGUUCAGAAGAAUGGUUAUUUCGAUAAGCCUGGAAAAUAGUAGUGAAACAGUUAACUAUUCCAAAACACUGCAAUGUGAACUGUGUUCGCAUACAUAAUUCCUACAUGCCAAAUGUGCAAGGUGUAUUUCUUUUAACAUAAGCACCAUUGCAUGUAUAACAGAUUGAUCUACCUUACGAACAAAUUGAAUUGGGAAAGACACUAUUUUUGCUGUAAGUGAAUCUGCUUGUAUAUGUUAUUCUUCCCUUUAUUAAUGUCUUUUUGCUGAGCCCUUCUCUGUGGCAAGCAGAGACAGUCUAAGGGAGGCACCUAGUGUGAACACUCGGGCACCAUCCCUGCCUUCUUGGCACUUGGAACGGAGGCUUCAUAGAUCCUUUGAUGCUCAGUACCAGCCAAACGGGGUGAAAACUGGCAUCUUUCAUGAUUUCCUCCCCUGGACUUAGAGUUGUGAGGACAGGCAGAAUCAGAGUAGUUCUUUCCUACCCAUAAUGGUGAACGGUAAAAAGACUAUCUUGCCCACAUCUGAGCAAAUUACAUCAGACAACUACUCCGUCUUUAGUCCCCUAAGUUUUCCAAGGAUGGUAUAGGGAGGUGAGAAAAAAGGUGGGGCCAGGGCAGGGGCAGAGGCGUCCCAGGGAGACGUCCCCCAAGGGGGGCAGCAGCAGUGCCAGAGCUCAGCAGGACAGGGCCAAGGCCGGGUGGGUCUCCCUCCAGGAUUCUUCUGGACGAAGGAGAGGUACAGAAAGGAGAAUGGGGGACAAGGAGAACUUCUCUCCAUGGCCCAUGUUUGUGUUCCCAUGAGGCUAUUAGUGAAACAUGCUUGUGCUCCAAAAGAGAAGCUAGAACUGAGUGUGUUGAUCACCAAUGUAUAUGAACUAGUGAAUUUGCUAUGUAGAAAGUAAACAUUUCAGGAAUACAAUUAUUUCUUGAUUUCGAAUAGGAACAGAAGAAGACUAAAUGCCAGAUUUUUAAAAAAUCAUAAAUUUGGUACCCAUCAUUACUUUAGACAUUCCAGCACCUAGACAUGGAAUCUGAAUUUGAUAUUUUGAACAAGAAGAGCAGCAUCUAUUUUCUGUGUGGCAAAGCAGACCUGCACGCCAGACUUUUUAACCACAGAAGUCAUCACUGCUGUCUAAGUCCUUUGCCUGGCCAUGCUCCCUAGACCUCUCUGUUCAUGCCAGUUGUUUCUUUAUCCAAGAAAUACUUGCUGUUGCCAAAUUACGUUAGAAUCCUAUUGAAUUAGAAGAAUAGAAAGUGAAUGAGAAGAAAAUUUGGACUAUCUCGUUGUGAUCAGAAGUGGGGUUUUUUUUGUUCAGUUUUUAAGCAUGAAAAUGUAUAAAAGGACACUCAAAUUAAGUCAGGCUGAUUUCUGAUUUGGUACGAUUAAAACCAUAGGUGAAGGCCAAUUAUUAAGCAUGGAAAGGAGAAAAAGGAGGGUUGGAGAGGGUAAGAGAAAAAAACAACCCCACAGAGUUGAAUAGCAUUUUUCAUGAAUGGUAUGUAGCAAAAGUUCUCAUCCCUUUCUCUGCUGCAUUUUGAAACGGUUACUUUAUACAAGCUCUUACUGUACCUGUUCAACACCAGGAAAGCUAUCCCAUCAGCAUUUUCUUGCUAUUUUAAAAACCAUAAGAGGUUGUUUGUUUAUAAAAAGAUACCAGCAUCCAUAAUUUAUUAGACAACGCUUUCUUUUAGGAAUCUUCAAAUCAUAUUGAAUAAUUAAAUCCCUGGUAAAUGAGUGCUCUAAACAGUCGGGCUUUCUGGUAAGUUAGUCUCUGAAACCUAUCCGUAAUAGACACAACAGGACCUUGGGAAAACUUCAUUACUCGUGGUACUCUUCAGAGGUUUUUAUACCUACUCUUCUAUAUUUGUCUCUAAGAGACAUUUGAAACAAAGGGAAACUGUCCGUGUGGUGUACAGCUCAGCGUGCGCAGCAGUGCGCGGCCACUCGAUGCAUGGCAGUCGUUCAGGUCCUUGUGGUGUGCUGGGGAAGACUGAGCUUUGUAGAGACAAUGUGUUCAUGCAGUCACUGAUCCUGUGUCGUUGUAUACAAACUGAACAGCUAAAAAUUCACCCUUGAUGACAAGAUUAAAGCAAAAAUAAACACAUUAAGGUUAUUGGACUUUA